AUGCCUCGUGUAAACUUGAAUCAACUAAGAGAUAAAGCACUAGAUGUGGAUCCGGAUGUACGGUUCAUGGCUCUCGAAGACUUUAGAAAAUAUGUAAAUGAUAGCACAAAUUCAGUGUCUUCCAAGUCAAUUAAAGGUUUCAUUCCAGUACUUUUCCGAUUACUCAAUGAUCAGAAUUCAGAUGUCCAAAGUCAAGCAGUGAAAUCUUUUGAUCCAGCCAUUGGAUUCUUAUCAAAUGAUAGUAUCGUAGAUUUAUUGGAUCAAUUGUUGAAAAUGAACUUUACGAAUUCUAGUGAUAAUAAUGACUUUAAGAGCUUUGCCAGGUCCAUUCCCAGCAUGGCCAUCCAUUCAAUAUUUCAAAGCAAAUUCAAGUUUUCAAACUCUUUAGCAAGGCUAAUUAUUAACAGAUUUAUGCCACAGAUGUUUCAAAAUAAAAUUACCAUAGACACAAUUGAGAUACUUAUUGAUUUACUUGUUAGCGUAGGCAAAGUCUUGGAUAUAGAGGAGAUCUCGAGCCUAGCUCAUAAACUAAUUACAAUUUCGUUCAGCUACCCAGGAAUAGUCAGUAAGCGUGCUGGUACAGCUUAUAACGAACUGUUAAAUUAUUUUGAUGAUACACAACGCUCAGAAGGUUUAGAUGAGCUCAUUUCCAUCAUCGAUAAAGAAUACGAAGCAAACAUGUCACAAAUGAAUGCAGUUAAUGUGAAGUUACAAUUAUAUUCUUUAACAUUAGAUCGAGUAAGCACUCUUGAUCGGUUUAAUGAAACUAGUACCUUAAGUUCAACCUCCAUUAAAACCAUAUAUGAUGAUUUGGUCAGAUAUUUGAAUUUGAAAGAAGUUGAAAACGAUGUACUAGAUAGCGAAGACUUGGACUAUGACAAGCUAGUUCAGGAUAAUUCAUUGAGAGAAGAUGUGCUACGUACCCUAAAUGACUUCAUUAAUGCCCUCCCCUACAAUUCUGUCCUCUCUUACAUUGAGAAUAUAAUUGAUAUAAUUAUAAUUUUAAUUAGGUAUGAUCCGCUUAAAUUUGAAGACAAUGAACCUCAAGAUGAUCAACUUGAAUUCAGUGAUAGUGAAAGUGAGAUUGCCUUUAGCGAUGAAGAGAAUAAUGAGGGCGAUGAAAAUGAUAUAUCGUGGAAGAUAAGGUUCCAGACAAACAUUAUUGCGACAUCCUUGAAUGAAAACUUUCCUCUCAAUUUGCCUUUAAUCUAUUCAAAGCUAUCUGCUCCAAUAAUAGAUUCUAUAGGAGAUCGAAAUUUUUUGGUUUCGAAUGAGAGCGUGAAAGCGCUUAUAUCCAUCAUUGACAUGACCUCAAUAAAAAGCUCGAAGUCUUAUUAUGCAGCUUGUUCAAGUGAAAGAAGAUCGUCAGACAUUAGCAUGAGUGGUAGUGGGGAUCCUUUGAAUCAUCUUGUUUGCGAUGUGUUUCCUGUAUUAGAGAAAGGGCUUUUCGAAAGAUGGCUAAUUGGUAAGAAUGUCGAAAGAUUUUCAGUUUUCUUGUCCUUGGUUGAGAGUAUGAUGAAUACUGCCCACGAAAACUUAUCCAGCACAUUCUUGUCAAGUCUAUUUGAUAAGUUCAAGGAGUAUGAUGUCAACACAAAUGGUUCAAUGGAUUACUUAUGUUUGUACAAAGUCAUUUUAUUAAAUUAUGAUAUUGCAACAGUACCAAAGAAUGUCAUUCAGUAUAUAAUAGAAGACUUGUGCACUUUAAUCAGUAGUCAGUCAUCGUUCUAUAAUAUUCUAAGCGAGAGCAUCAACAUUUCCGUCAUACUAUUCGGAUCAUUGGGCCAUUCACAAGAUGUUGGAGGGUUUGAAGGAUCAUUAGAAUCUUUGUUCCAUUUAAUUCUGAGAAAAAUUAAUGAUAGACAAUACUCAAGUGAUCUCAGACAACAGUCAUUGGUUGGAUUAAAAGACUUUGUGAUUAAUAUUAAAUUGGUCUCGAAUCUGGACAUAGAAGAGAUCAUCAGCAUAUUUAAAGAAUCAUUAAGCUACGAGGUGACUUUGAAAUAUGCAUUGGAGAGCUUGGUUGAAAUAUUGGAAUCACCCAAAAAUAAGCAGUUUUUUUUAAAAUCUACGGAUUUUUCAAACUUUCUUGUUCAAAGGUUUAAAACUUUUCUCUCUUCUACGGAUGAAACUAUUUAUUUCAAUUCUUUGAGACUUUUAAAUUUGAUUAGUGACCAAGGUCCACUAGAAGAUCCAAAGGGUGUUUGCGACUGCCUAGUAGAGUUUUUAUAUGCAAAUGGGUCUUCCUUACAAUUUCAACAGCUCUCAUUAGCUUUUGAUGCUAUAAGAAAAAAUGUCAGUUCCAUGAUUGUCGAAAAAGAUUUUUUGACCACUUUAAUUCAAAAAGUUAUUAACACUAAAUUGACUGAAAUUGAUGAUUACAAUUUGAAUAGCAUUGAUUUAUUCAUUGAGAAACUCUGUCAAAUCGAUUUACCUGUGAAAUUAUUUGACGUAUUUCUUCAAAAUUUAAAUCUAGAGCUAUUUAUUAGUGCAAAAAUACUAGCACUUAUAACAGUGCAGAAAAGGCUUUAUGGUGAAGUUGAUAAAAGAGAACUUGAAUUGAUUCAAUAUAUUGAUGGAGAAAAAACUAGCACUAUGAAUUUGCUCUUUAAUAUUCAAUAUCUUGGCAAUGUAGGUUCUAAAAUUCAACUAAAGAAGAUUGGGUUUCAGCAUUUCCUUAAAUUCAUAAAUGAUAAGGAUGAGUCCAUUAAACGAGCAUCAUCCAGAUCUAUCGGGUUGUACGUGCUAAUUGAUUUACCGAAAUACCUACCAGAAAUCCUUAAGGAUUAUGAUGAAAAUCCACCAUUGAGAAACUAUUUGUUGACUUCAAUAAAGCAAGUAUUGAAUUCAGGUUUGACAGAUCGAGAAGUUGAAAAUUUGAUUUGGAACCGCGUUUGGGAGAAUAUAUCGCAGGUUGAAGACCUAGAUAACCUACAAGAGUUAAGAAACAGUGCCGAUGUCUUAGCUAAGAUUAUCUUGCUUGAUAAGCAAGGAAUUCAUAGAAUAGAAAUGGAUCCUACGGCAAGCAACGCAAUAAUCUACACAAAGAUUGUUGUGUUGAAGCAAUUAAUCAACUAUUGCUCCUUAGAUGAAGAUAAUAUACUUCAACACCUUAUUAUUGAAUCAAUGCCUGUGCUAGAUAUUAAGAGCGUCGAAAUAAGACAGGUGCAUAUAGGCACAUUGUUAACGGCCCUUCACAAUAUCCCUCAGACUAUUUUGCCUAUUCUCAACGACGUCAUACUUCCUAAAAUCUACAUCCAGUUAAAGUCAAACCCCGAGUUCAAGAAAGUUAUCCCAAUGGGUCCAUACAAGUACGUCAUAGACGAAGGGCUCGAGAUUAGAAAGCUUUGUUACGAACUCCUAUACACUAUUAUAUCGCUCGAUCAGGCAGUUAUCCAUCAGUACAACAUUAAUCUAGGUACGGUUGGAGAACAAAUCAUUGAAAGGGGUUUACUCGACGAAGAGUCAGAUAUUGUCAUCCUUUCCUGUAUCAAUCUCGUGUCUUUAUUGACAACUUCCGAUGGAGGAGUGCCCAUAGCGAGUACUUUCGAAACUUUUUUAAUUGAUCGCCCUAACUUAUUACUGACGCUAAUAUCGAAUCUCCGUGCCGACUUUUCAAAGAAACUUAAGCCCAAGGCAAGUGCUCAAGAAUCUGAGAGUCGAGAAGAGACUUUAAGAGCAAUCGUCAAGUUGGUCAGGUGCAUUAACCUGUAUUUAACGACUAAUAGCUACGUUGUUAAUGAGUGGACGUCAUUUUAUGUGGAAGUCAAGUCGGCCUACAUCGCUUAUUUUAAUGCUCUAGAGUCCGAAGUCUCUCGCUAA